CGAUCGUCUGGCUCGUUAUUUGGGCUAUCAUCCGCGGCAGAAAGUAAUCCUCCACGAUUCGCUCCUGGCGAUGCGAGUGGCGAAAGACAAAAGGAUGGCUGUGAUUUAAAAAUAAGAAGCAAAGGAAUUAUCGAAGGAGAAGAUACACACACACACUUAACAGAGAGAAAUUUCGCGAGGGUCGUCCGUCAUCAAUGUAAUAUCAUGAAAAUGUGGCCUGACAAUGCUACAAGCGAAAUUGCAGUCGGGAGUGCAUGGCAUGCUGACACUGAGAAAUGGAGUUCGUCGUGAACAGCAGAGUGAAGGAUCUGCAGGCAGCUUUAUUUCCGGUACAACCGAUUCCUGGUAACACGAUAGCCAGCCAAUGUCUGCCAACGCGAUUCGGAGUCGAGAGGAAGGACCUAGAUUCCGUGCUGCCCUUGACCUCGAGUUUUUUCAGGUGUCGCGAGAUCAAGGAGGGCUUUCAGUCGUUGCUGAUCGAUCCGCAUGUCAUCGGGCUGCACGCGGUGACCCAGGAGGCACGAUGGCCCACGGAAUGCCAGGUGCUGCCCGAGAGGGUCAGGCAUUUAGAGUACAGCCCAGCGGAGCCGGAGGCCUUUUAUCUCCCUACGGGAAAGGAGCCAAAACCAAAACCCGUUGGCGACGAGUCGGGGACAGUCAUUUUUCGCUACUGCCCCACAGGAGCCACGAACUACUUCAGCAGGUCAUGCAUAGGCGGUAGCGCGGUCGUGGGUAACAGCGGCUCAGACACCGCGAUCGAAGGUGGACGAGGUGGAGGAGGUGCGACGGAUUGCGUGACAGGUACUACGAGUGCAGGAGGAGGUGCUACGGACUUGUGCUUCGAGUCGAGAUUCGAGUCGGGCAAUCUCGGCAAAGUCAUUAAAAUCACCGACACCUUCUAUCAGCUACACCUGCGCAAGGACCUCUACACCCAGAGGCACACCCAGUGGUACUACUUUCGCGUAUCCAACACGCGAAGCGGCGUCAUGUACAGGUUGUCGAUCGUCAAUCUGUGCAAGGACGACAGUUUGUACAACGAGGGGCUGAGACCGCUGCUUUAUUCCACCAAAGACGCGACAGCCAAGUCCAUCGGGUGGCGGCGAUGCGGGGAGAACAUAAGCUACUACAAAAACGACCCAACGGACGAGGAAAAGGAAAGGUACACCUUGACGUUCAACAUUUACUUUCCGCACGACCAGGACACGGUUUACCUGGCCCACAGCUACCCGUACACCUACACAGACUUGCAGGAGUACCUGCAGAAGAUAACCAAUGAUACGAUGAAGACGCGCUUCACAAAGUUACGCUUACUGUGCCGGAGCUUGGCGGGCAACGGGGUCUAUUACCUCACGAUAACUGCGCCCACGGCCAACUACGAGGCGCGUCGUAAAAAGGGAGUCGUGAUAACCGCUCGCGUCCAUCCGGGCGAGACGCCCUCCAGUUGGAUAAUGAAGGGCAUCAUCGACUUUUUGACCGGCGAGUCCAAUCAAGCGAGGGAGCUCCGCGAGCGUUUCAUAUUCAAAGUGGUGCCGAUGCUGAAUCCCGACGGGGUGAUAGUGGGCAACAACCGGUGCUCCCUGUCGGGCAAGGACCUGAACCGGCAGUACCGGACGGUCAUGCGGGAGAGCUAUCCCUCGGUGUGGCACACGAAACUCAUGAUCCGACGGCUGAUGGACGAGUGCGGCAUCGCCAUGUACUGCGACAUCCACGCCCACUCGCGCAAACACAACAUCUUCAUCUACGGCUGCGAGAGCAAGAGACCCGGUUGCCCCGGCAAACUCACCGAGCAGGUCUUUCCCCUCAUGUUGCACAAAAACGCCGCGGACAAGUUUUCGUUCGAGGACUGCAAGUUUCAUCUGGAAAAGGGUAAAGAGGGUACGGGGAGAAUCGUCGUUUGGCUGAUGGGCAUACAGAAUAGUUAUACCCUCGAGGCCUCGUUGGGGGGCUCGAAGUUAGGCUCGAGAUCGGGCACGCAUUUCACGACGCUAGACUACGAACAGUUGGGCAAAGCUUUUUGCGAGACGCUCCUCGAUUUUUCCGACAACGAUCCCAACAAAGAAAAAUUACGUAGUAAGAUUGUAGCAAGAUUAACUGAUAAGGGAUCGAGGGCCGAUGAGCCGACUAAUAUCGUGCUGACUGAUUAUUCCAGUGAUGAAGGGGACACGUCCGAUAGUUCGUCUCAAGACGAAACGCCGCACAGCCGAUCGCGUUUGAGCGCCGACGAUCGGCGCUACCUGUGCGUUCCGCCUCCUUCGCCCAUGCUUUUAAAACCCGCCACGGCGGAAUCCUUGGGUAACACAAAGAGGCCCAAAAACUGUCUGCCGAGACUCGUUUUGACACGCAGAAAAGCUCGCAACAGAAGAGUCAUGGAUCUGCCCACGACAGAUCCGGGGAGCGAUUUUUGCGACUUUACCGAUUCAGCGGACGAGGUUUGCGUUAGAUCGGCCGCUGAGUCGAAGGGGAAAAGCUCGGACGAGGAGGACCGGCGGAAGAAGUCUGACCCUGACUUGCCUGUGCUUGUCCGUCCUCGAAGCCUGUCGCUGGGUGAGGAUAUUAUUUCUACGGACCUGGGCAGAAAGAGUAAGCGGCGAUAUCGGCGACAACGACAGCCGAGGACUUUUUACAAUUUGUCUCCAGUGAUACAGAAGGGUCAAGAUGUGCAGAUGAAGCUGAUGUCUUUGAGAAGGCAAAUUUGGACGGGAGUUGGUACUUACGAUGACAAAAAUGAGGACUGCUUUGAAAUGGCUUUGGUGAACAAUUGUCCACUGAGCAGAGGAAUUUCAAAAAUGGCCAUCGAGUACCAACUGGACAGCAAAGCUUUUCUCGAAUCGUGCUCGAGAAAGUUGGAAGAAAUAAGUUGGAAUAGGAGUGAUGUGAAAAAAUCGAAGAAAAAGUCGCAGAAAAAAUUAGUCAAAGGUACAGAAAUUCCACCGGUGAUUAAUAAUCUUGAGGAAGAGAAUCAGCAAUUGAAGAAAAAGAAAAAGCCCCGAAGUAAGAAAGCACUAAAAUCGAGUUUGGAGCCACUGAACGAUGAUUUGAUUUUGCUUCCUCCUGGCAAACUGGAUCCCUUAAAGUUACUUGGAACUGCCAAGCUUCCCAAGGUUCAGACCAAACUCAAGUCUGACUCAAAAGUAAAGCAGAGCAAAGCCACAGCCAGCCCACUCACAAACAAAAUAAAAGUAAAACUUCCUGUUGAUUACACUGCUGACAGUUCGAGUUCUGAAAAUUCGCCACCAGUCCAUCGCAAGACUGUCAAAAAGAAGACGAAAACAAGUGAAAGAAAGCGUGCACAGAGUGCAGUAGCCAGUAAAAAGGGACUGAAAUGAUUAUCAUCAUUCCCUUUCAUUUGUAUCCUGCAACUGCCAAGAUUAUAUCAUCAUUUAAGCACUGCCAGUAAAAAAAAAAAAAAAGAGUCACAUAGACAAUUUAUUAGCGUGACGCUUGUAUCUUGAAUAACCACGAUGACGUACCACUGAUGAUUGCUAAUAAAAUUAUAAAUAAACAUAACUGUUGGAGUAAUCGACGUGCUGCGUAUACAAUAAGCACAUCGUCAUCAUUACUCAUAUAUAUUUUAAGCGCCCGGGUAACCUAAAAGUUGCAACAAAUGUUACGAAAUACGUUUUCAAGCCGUGGAUGGCAAAAAUUUUUUACUUUGUAAGACAAAUAUGUAGUUGACUAACGAAUUAAUUUUUUAUAGCGGAUGAUUAAAAAACUCGUUCUUUAUAUCUCUGUAGAAUUUUAUAUAAAACGCAGUGAAAAAACAAAUGCGAAGGUUAGAACGAUGAUAAAUAAGAAGGAAAAAAAAUUAGUUAAAACAUGCGGCAUGCCGUGUUAUUUACUUGUUGAACAUGAAAAUAAAUACCAGAGUAAGUAUAAUCGGCUUGACUUUGGUUACACAGGCUCUCGCAACGACGGUAGUUUUGCCGGCCAACGUAGAGGAAAAAAUCAAUAAACAAUCACCGCAGGUCUAUACUGCAUUUGAACAUUUCAUUGUGACAUUGUAAGCACAAUUGAUUGCGUUAAAAUAAAAGAAGAAAAAACUACCCGGAAUGAAAAAAAAAA